AGCUGCGUUUCAUAAACAAACAUUUUUACCGGCGUCGGAUUGUAUUUCGUUUGCACGCUUCUCGGGUGUUUCGCGCUUUUUGUAGAAGGGCAGAUUAUAGAAUUUUAGGGGAAAUAGCAACAGGAAAAAACCGAACUACCUUCAAAAUGGCCCAGACCUCGGUAGCGAAUCAAUCGACACUUCUACCCCUGGAACUGGUCGAUAAAUGUAUCGGUUCACGGAUACAUAUCAUCAUGAAAAAUGACAAGGAAAUCGUUGGAACUCUGCUUGGGUUUGAUGACUUCGUCAACAUGCUACUGGAGGACGUGACCGAGUACGAGAACACACCGGAGGGCAGGCGGAUAACCAAACUCGACCAAAUCCUGCUGAACGGAAACAACAUCACGAUGCUUGUGCCCGGUUCCAGUGGCGACCUUCCGGAUGCUUCGUAAGGAAGGAACAAUACCCGACAAUCUGAUUUCCUGCUUCGCUACGGUCUAGGUAUUAGGGUGUGAAUUAAGGUUAAUUAAAGCGACGGAAGAGUAAACGAGCGA